CCAGUCACUUGUCACAGAAUCUUCUUACUAUCCAACGGUUCAGUUCAACUUUAACAGACAGAGACGGUGACAUCAUCAUGCAGGCUUUUCUCUUCCUGUUGGGCCUGGCUCUGGGUGCUGUGUCUCCUUCAGAAGAACUAGCAGUGGAGCCACAGCAAAACAGCUGUCCCGUGUUUUGGACCUUUUUCAACGGCCGCUGCUACAAGUACAUCUCCACACAUUUUACCUGGGCUGAUGCAGAGUUCCACUGCGUUUCACUGGGAGGCAACCUGGUGUCUAUUCGCAAUCAGGAGGAAGAUAAUUUUGUCGGAUCCAUGAUCAGGAACUUUGACCCUGCUCGGGGAUAUACCUGGAUCGGACUCAGUGACAUCCACAAAGAAGGAAGAUGGAUGUCGUCUGAUGGGUGUGCAGCCAGGUUUUUCUUUUGGAGUUCAGGACAGCCAGACAACUAUCGAGGAAGGGAAGACUGUGUCUGCACCAACUUUGGUUCUGCUAAGAAAUGGAAUGAUUUCCCAUGUUCUCAUACUUAUCCCUCAGUUUGUGCAUCUCGCAUAACUUGUCCUUAGCAACUGAGAUGUUACAUAUGUCUGAUUGAACCAGGUCACUGUGAAACUGUUACUCUGUUAAUAUGCUUUUGACCACAAUAAAGACAUGAAUGUACACUUA